UUCUCUCUCUCUCUCUCUCUAUCUCUCUGUAUAUACAUGAAAUACGUCUCUCUCGUGCUUUGUGCUUUGCGCUUUGUGCUUUGCCUGUUUUAAUCUUACUAGUGUCUCUCACUGAUCUCUAGGGUUUUGGAAUUUUUUGGAACAGUGAACGAUGAACAGAGCCCCUCCGGCGGCCUCCGGCGGCCGUGGCGGGCGUCCACCGCAAAGAGGCGUUAUUCAGGCGAAUUCCAUGUCAUACCAGGUGCGGAAGCCCCAGUUCGGUGGGGACUAUCGCGGCGAUCGACCUAAGGGUUCCUACCACCUGCAACGCUUCAAUUUCACUCUCGACCUUCGGUCGCCCGGUGGGAGUUUCAGCAGGGAGGAGGUUGAGGAUUUGGUUGCCGGAAGUAAGGUCAAGCCUGAUAAUGUCGACAUUCAUUCCUCCGGUUCUGUCGCUGCGAGGUUGUGCUUCCAGCAGUGGAGUGACGCGUUUGAAGCGACGGUGUAUUUUUGGGAAGUUCGACUCAACGGCGGUCAUUUAUUCAAGCCGGUGCUCGUGCCUAGCAUUUCCUGCGAUAUGGGCAAGCUAAGGGACCGUAUAAGAACUCUAUUUGUGGAGCUUGUCAAGCAGUUGAUGGAAGGGGAUUUGGUACAGCAGUGGGAGAAGAAGCGUGGGGUUUUGAUGGACGAGAUUGCCGGCGUUGCCUCUGCGCAUAGAAAGCGUCACGGGGUUCGGCAGCUUCUGCUGAAUGUUUUUGAGGAGAUUUCAAAAAAGAAGGCAGCUUUAGAGUCCGAGAAACAUCUGAUAGAGAGGAGGAUCGCAGAAUUUAAAUUUUCUAUGCAGUGUAUCCUUAACUAUCUUGGUGUGGCACCGUCGGUCGAAUGCAGUGAUGAGGAGUUGGAGGUGUUUAAGUUCAGCAGACACUUUGAAUGGGUCCGGCUUCAUUGUCUGAUCAGGAGGGAGUGCAGGCGGUUGGAGGAUGGCUUGCCAAUUUAUGCCUUUCGCCGGGAAAUACUUCGACAAAUCUAUAGCCAACAGGUAACGGUAUUGAUUGGAGAAACUGGUUCAGGGAAGAGUACCCAAUUGGUUCAGUUUCUUGCCGAUUCAGGAGUGGCUGGUAAUGACUCCAUUGUAUGUACUCAGCCUCGCAAACUUGCAGCUGUCUCCUUGGCUCAAAGAGUUAAAGAGGAAAGUUUUGGAUGCUAUCUAGAUAAUUCAGUCGUAUCUUGUCCAGCAUAUGCAUCUGCUCAGCAGUUUAAUUCCAAGAUAUUGUUCAUGACAGACUACUGCUUGUUGCAGCACUAUAUGAAAGAUAACAAUUUAUCAGGGAUUUCAUGUAUCAUUAUUGAUGAGGCACAUGAAAGAAGCUUAAACACCGAUCUCCUUUUAGCAUUGUUGAAAAAUUUACUUUGUCAGAGGGACAAUCUUAGGCUGAUCAUAAUGUCUGCAACAGCUGAUUCAAUCCAGCUUGCAGAGUACUUUUUUUGUUGUGAGACCUUUUAUGUCACAGGCAGAAGCUUUCCGGUUGACAUAACCUAUGUCCCCAGUGCAACUGGAAGCAGUUCUGAUUCUGCUGGCAUUGCUUCAUAUGCUUCUGAUGUUGUGAGGUUGGUGACUGAUAUCCAUAGAACAGAGAAAGGUGGGACAAUUCUUGCCUUCCUAACUUCUCAGAUGGAAGUAGAAUGGGCAUGUGAAAAGUUCCAAGCUCCCAAUGCUGUUGCACUACCCUUACACGGAAAACUUUCUUAUGAAGAUCAGCUUUGUGUUUUUAUUGACCAUCCAGGCAAAAGAAAAGUGAUAUUUGCCACAAAUGUUGCUGAGACAUCAUUGACAAUUCCAGGGGUGAAGUAUGUAGUUGAUUCUGGCAUGGUGAAAGAGAGUAAGUUCGAACCUGGCACUGGUAUGAAUGUGCUCAAAGUUUGCAGUAUCAGCCAGAGUUCUGCGAAUCAGCGAGCUGGUCGUGCUGGGAGGACUGAACCGGGAAGGUGUUAUAGGCUUUAUUCUGAAUAUGAUUUUGAUUUGAUGCGUCCUCAUCAGGAACCUGAGAUUUGUAGAGUUCAUCUUGGUGUAGCAGUUCUAAGGAUUCUUGCUUUGGGCAUAAAAGAUGUACAAAGUUUUGAUUUUGUUGAAGCACCAAGCGCAACUGCAAUUGAUAUGGCCAUUAGAAAUCUUAUUCAGCUGGGCGCUGUUGUAUUGAAGAACGAUGAAUUGGAAUUAACUAAGGAUGGACUGAAAUUGGUUAGGUUGGGUAUUGAACCACGGCUGGGCAAAAUUAUUCUUGAAUGCGUCAAUCACCACUUGGGUAAAGAGGGUGUUGUUCUUGCUGCUGUCAUGGCAAAUGCCAAUAGCAUAUUUUGCAGAGUUGGUAAUGAAGAAGACAAGCUUAAAUCUGAUUGCCUCAAGGUGCAAUUUUCUCAUCACUCUGGUGACCUGUUCACUCUGCUCUCUGUUUACAAAGAAUGGGAAGGUGUGCAUCGAGAAAAGAGAAAUAAGUGGUGUUGGGAGAAUAGCAUCAAUGCCAAAUCCAUGCGGAGAUGUGAAGACACAGUCUUUGAAUUGGAAACUUGCCUUCAGAGUGAGCUCAAUCUCAUUAUUCCAAGUUACUGGCUUUGGGAUUCGCAGGUUUCUACUGAACAUGAUGAACAUUUGAAAAAUGCUAUACUAUCUUCCCUUGCAGAGAAUGUAGCUAUGUAUUCCGGCUAUGAUCAACUUGGAUAUGAGGUUGCAUUAUCUGGCCAGCAUGUUCAGUUGCACCCUUCAUGUUCAUUGCUAAGUUUUAGUCAAAGGCCUAGUUGGGUAGUUUUUGGUGACAUUCUAUCAAUAUCCAAUCAAUAUUUGGUCUGUGUGACUGCUUUUGAUUAUGGAUAUUUGUCUAACCUUUGUCCUCAACCACUAUUUGAUGCCCCAAGAAUGGAGAAUUGCAAGCUUCAGUUGAGGGUUUUGAAUGGGUUUGGCUGUACAUUACUAAAAAGAUUCUGUGGGAAGUCCAACAGCAAUCUCCUUAAUCUUGUUUCUCGCUUAAGAACAGCUUGUAUGGAUGAAAGGAUUGGCAUUGAGGUUAAUGUUGAGCAGAAUGAAGUUCACUUAUUUGCCUCUUCACAAGACAUGGAGAAGGCCAGUAACCUUGUAAAUGAUGUUUUGGAUUUUGAAAGAAAAUGGUUGCAGAAUGAGUGUGUGGAAAAAUGCUUAUAUCAUGGAGGACCUAGUAUCUCACCUUCUGUUGCUUUAUUUGGAGCUGGUGCAGAGAUAAAACAUCUGGAGCUUGAAAAGAGAUGUUUGACUGUUGAUGUGUUUUAUUCAGAUGCGAAUGCUGUUGAUGAUAAGGAGCUUUUGACAUUUUUGGAGAAAAGUGCCUCAGGUAGUAUUUGUGGGGUGCACAAAUUUACAAGCACUGGACAAGACAGUGAUGAGAAGGAAAAGUGGGGCAAGGUAACAUUUCUUAGUCCUGAUGCUGCUGAGAAAGCUGCUGAGUUGAAUCUAGUUGAAUAUAACGGUGCUUUGUUGAAAAUAAUUCCUUCACAGAGCACAUUUGGAGGUGAUCAUAAAAUGUUUUCAUUUGCUGCUGUUAGAGCAAAAGUAUAUUGGCCGCGUAGGUACAGUAAGGGGCGGGCUUUUGUCAAAUGUGACAGGCAGGAUGUUAAUUCUAUUGUUGAUGAUUUCUCUAACUUGGUAAUUGGAGGAAACUAUGUACGCUGUGAAGCUAGCAUGAAGUACAUGGACAGUGUUAUGAUAAGUGGACUUGACAGAGGACUCUCAGAGGAUGAAAUUUUAGAUAUAUUAAGAACUGCAACAGAUAGGAAGAUUUUGGACUUCUUCCUGCUGAGGGGAGACGCUGUGGAAAAUCCUGCAUGUAGUGCUUGUGAGCAAGCACUUCUCAGAGAAAUCUCCCCCUUUAUGCCUAAGAAGAACCCUGUUGGUUAUUUUGUACGUGUCCAGGUCUUCCCACCUGAUCCUAAGGAUGUUUUCAUGAGAGCCUUGAUCAUGUUCCACGGAAGUCUACAUUUGGAGGCAGCAAAAGCUCUAGAGCAAAUUGAAGGGAAGGUAUUGCCUGGAUGUCUUCCGUGGCAGAAGAUAAAGUGUCAGCGGUUGUUUCGUAGCUCAGUAUCCUGUCCUGCAUAUGUCUAUUCUGUUAUCAAGGAACAAUUGGAAUAUCUCCUUGCAAGAUUCCGGCAUCGAAAGGGUGCUGAAUGUUAUCUAGAGAAAAACGAGAAUGGUUCCUAUCGGGUAAAUAUAUCUGCCAAUGCUACAAAAACUGUGGCAGAUUUGAGAAGACCUCUAGAGCAGCUCAUGAGAGGGAGGACUAUAGAGCAUGCCGGCCUCACUCCAACAGUUGUAAAACUGUUGUUUUCUAGGGACGCCAUCAUGCUCAUGAAGUCACUUCAGCGAGAGACAGGAACCUACAUUCUUUUUGACAGACACACCCUAAGUGUAAAGAUAUUUGGCGCUCUGAAAAAGAUUGAUGUGGCACAACAUAGAUUAAUUCAGUCCCUUCUGACCCUAUAUGAGAGAAAGCAACUUGAAAUCCGUCUUCGGGGUGGAGGUAUGCCCCCUGACCUGAUGAAGGAAGUGGUCAAGAAGUUUGGCCCGGAUCUGCAGGGCCUAAAAGAAAAAUUUCCUGGUGUGGAGUUCACCCUCAAUUCUCGACGCCAUGUCAUCUCAAUUUCUGGUAAGAAAGACGUAAAGCAAAAAGUUGAAGAUGAAGUUUAUGAGAUUGCACAGAUGAGUACUGCGUUAGCACAGAGGGUGGACAAUAAAGACGCCUGCCCAAUUUGCUUGUGUGAAGUAGAGGAUGGUUACAAGCUUGAAGACUGUAUGCAUGUUUUUUGCCGCUUGUGCUUAGUGGAGCAGUGUGAGUCUGCCAUCAAAAGCCAGGACAGUUUUCCCAUGCGCUGUAUGCACGAGGGGUGCGGGGCUCUCAUUUUGCUUACUGACUUGAGGUCUCUAUUAUCAGCCGAGAAGUUAGAGGAGCUUUUCAGAGCUUCUCUUGGGGCAUUUGUGGCACUGAGUAAGGGUUCUUUCAGGUUCUGCCCAUCGCCUGACUGCCCUUCAGUUUACAGGGUAGCAGAGCCUGGUACAUUCGGGAAGCCAUUUGUGUGCGGGGCAUGUUUUGUGGAGACGUGUAACCGGUGUCACAUGGAGUAUCACCCGUUCCUGUCAUGUGAGAAAUACCGUGAAUUCAAGGAAGAUCCAGAUUCGUCGCUGAGGGAUUGGUGCAAGGGCAAAGAACACGUGAAGAACUGCCCGGUGUGCGGGUCUACAAUUGAGAAGACAGAUGGUUGCAACCAUAUUGAGUGUAGAUGCGGGAAGCACAUAUGCUGGGUUUGUCUGGAAUUCUUUGGGAGCAGUGAUGAUUGCUAUGGCCAUUUGAGGUCUGUACACCAGGCCUUUGUUUAGUCCUCUCUCUCUCUCUCUCUCUCUCUAAUGUGUGCGUUUCUGACGCACUGUAUAUAUAAACUCGGUUUACCUUCUUCACCGCCUAACCUAGCAUCAUGUCUUUUUUUUUUUUAGUGUGUAGAUUUGGCAAAUGCAUGUAAAAAGUCUCGUUUUAGGGUAAAUGUAUUCGACAUAUUUGGUGUUC